GCUGGCUGCGCUGAGGCCGUAAGGCUGUUGAGUCGACCAGUCACCAUGAGCGACUCGACACAGAGCAUCGCCGACUACCUGGCACAGCUGCUCAAAGACAAGAAACAGAUUGCCGCCUUCCCAAACGUAUUCCUCCACGUCGAGCGGCUUCUCGACGAGGAAAUUUCCAAGGUGCGAAGUAACCUCUUCCAGAUAAAUGGCAUCAAAAAGGAACCCUUGGUGCUUCCAGAGGCGACAGGGCCCUCGACCACCCUCACAGAAAAGGUCUAUGUGCCCGUCAAAGAGCAUCCAGACUUCAACUUCGUGGGCCGCAUCUUGGGCCCGAGGGGCAUGACGGCCAAACAGCUAGAGCAAGAGACAGGAUGCAAAAUCAUGGUCCGCGGACGGGGGUCCAUGCGAGAUAAGAAGAAGGAGGAACAAAAUAGGGGAAAACCCAACUGGGAACACCUGAACGACGAGCUGCACGUGCUGAUCACAGUCGAGGACACGGAGAACAGGGCCAAGCUCAAGUUGCAGAGGGCGGUCGAUGAGGUCAAGAGACUGCUCAUCCCGCAGGCUGAUGGCGAGGACGAGUUGAAGAAAAGGCAGCUCAUGGAACUGGCCAUCAUCAAUGGCACAUACAGAGACUCGAGCAUCAAGUCAACCACAGGAGUAUAUUUCAUCAGGGAUGGUCAAACAAAUUUUGAAUCUCUAGAGCACUCUCCCAGACAAAAUUUAUAUGUGUCCGAGGACGAAUGGCGGUGCCUGGCGAUCGUGGCGGCAGCCGAGUCGCAGAGGAUGGGUCUGGCGACGAGCGCGGCCGGGAUGACGGCGCCGGCGCUGCGCACGCCCCCGACACCUUUGGGGGCGCCGCUUAUCCUGUCACCGCGCAUGCAGGUGCCGACGUCGGCUGCGGCCACGCACCUGCUGAACGGCGGGCAGGGGGCGCCGCCGCCGCUCAUGUCGCCGGCCGACGGGCUCAUCUACACGCCGUACACUGACUACGCCAACUACGCUGCCAGCCUCACGUCGCCCCUGCUUACCGAGUACACGGCCGAGCACGCAGCUGGUGCCGCCGCGGCUAAGCAGCGCAGACAUUUGGGUCAGUUGCGCGAGCAUCCCUAUCAAAGAGCAGGAGCUAUGUCUUGAGCUUUGUGUGCUUGUCUUUGAGGCUUUGAUGCCGCAGAACUGCUAACCAAGACCUUCUUAACAACUACUACAACCCUGUGUUCAGAUAAUCGCACGGCUCUGCUACUAGCGCGGUCGACACCAGGUCUGGCUUCUCACCACCUCUAAUCCAAACUCAAUUCUCAGAGCAACGAGCACCUGUCUCUCGCUCUUUGCCUCCUGCAGUGCUAUCUGUAUAUACAUAUACGAAUGUUUAAUUUUUUUCCACAAUAUUAUCGCUAUAAUUGAAGAAGAAUAUAAGAGACACAAAGGAUGAUUGUUACACAAAAAAGCAAUUAAUAAAGAAAAAAAUUAUCCCAGUGCCUCGUCAGGGCGCAAGUGCAAUAAAUAUUAGAUCUGGAGGCGGCGGCCCCACCCUCAAAGGAACAGGAUAGAGACGCAAGCGUUUGAGCCGGUCGAUAAAAAAAAAAUGUCAAAAUUAACCGAUUGCCUCUCUACCCGGAAGGAAUCUCACUGUUGGUUCGCCGCCGCCCGAAAGGUGCCUCAAAUCAAAGUAUUAAGCGAGUAUUUAGAUCGAACACUGGUGCCGGCGCCGUGUUGCGCCGUGCUUUACAUACGCGCCACGGUACUUAAUCCAGUGAGUGCCAAACCGUCCCGUGGGACUAGUCCUAAGUACUUACAGCCCCGCCUGCCUGCCUGUACAUAAUUUUUUAAGUUCGUGCUCGCCCGUCGAUUUUCGCCUCCCGAUAGAAAAGUGCAUUUUGAGUUAAGUGAAUCAAUAAAAUAGUAAUGAUUGAAUGUCGACACAGCCACCGACGUGUUAAUGUUUUUUUGUCUCGAGAUACAGUGUUGAUUGUUCACUUAAUUUAAUUAUUAUUUUGCAAUCGGCAGUCGUACUGAUCUGUCACACCAGAAAUUAUCAAAGGAACGAGAUUAUUAUACCAUGUGCCUUAGCUGUACAAAAAUCAUGUGCUUUGUUUAGAAACAAGACUUUGUUUGUGUGCACAAGUUUUUAGGAAAAGCAAUAUUUUAUUUGAAUAGCAACAGUUUCUAUUAAUGAUUUGGAGAUGAAAAAUCUCAAGAUUUGUGUUGAAUAUAUGUCAUAUUCGCCCUGUGAGUUAAUUAUUUGUAUCUGCUAUAAAGGAUAAUAAUACAUUGUUGUUAAUUCAUAGAGUUAGACGUUCGUGAGAACAACAAAGGGGGUUUAAUAUUCACUGGGUGCAAUUAAUGUCGCGAGCACGAGCGGCCUGGCUGGCGUAUUUUGAUAUUUAUAUAUUUACAAACACAACUCAACCAAGAUAAAAUGCGCGUUCAAACUCUAAUAAUCAAUUAAUUAUUGAUUAAAUAAUUAUAUCUAUGUUGGCAAUAAUUAUAAAAACAAACAGCAAAAAUAAUAUAUAUAUUAGUUAAUAUCUCGUCUCACGUCUUGCAUAAAUAAAGGCUUUAUCUUAAUUUUUACAA